GGUGUUUUUCACUCACUCUCUCUCUGUUUGUGCUAAGAGUUAAGUCUGAAGUUCACCGUGAAGUAGUCUGUGCUCCUCUUUCAGAGCAUUAGUUACAGCCAGCUUCAUCGAAACAAAAUGGGCAUCCUUUUUGGAUUAUAUAUCCUGGGGAUUAUAUUUUCAGCCGUUCUUCUACUUCUUUUGGUAUCUACCACAUAUCAUCCACUUAAAAAUUAUAUAGGAAAAUGGAACGAAAUGAGACCAAUUCCAGGAAUGCCAGGCGCUUAUCCAAUCAUUGGCAAUGCACUGCAGUUUAAAGUCAAUGCAGGUGAUUUUUUCAACCAGAUUAUUGAGGGCACAAAUGAAAACCGACACCUUCCUCUUGCAAAGGUGUGGGUGGGUCCAGUCCCCUUUCUAAUCUUGUAUCAUGCAGAGAAUAUUGAGGUGGUCCUCAGUAAUUCCAGACACCUUGACAAGUCAUACCCAUAUAAGUUCCUGCAUCCGUGGCUCGGCACAGGCCUGCUCACUAGCACAGGGGAGAAGUGGCGUAACCGGCGUAAAAUGCUGACUCCAACCUUCCACUUCUCUAUCCUCUCUGACUUCCUGGAAGUGAUGAAUGAACAAACAGAAAUUUUGAUUCAGAAGAUGCAGAAGCAUGGAGAUGGAGAGCCGUUCAACUGCUUCAGCUACGUAACCUUGUGCGCUUUGGAUAUCAUAUGUGAAACUGCUAUGGGAGAGAGGAUCUAUGCUCAGAGCAAUGCUGACUCUGAGUAUGUUCAAAGUGUCUAUAAAAUGAGUGACAUCAUCACCAAGAGACAGAGAGCACCAUGGCUGUGGCCAGACUGGAUUUACAACAUGUUGCAGGAAGGCAAAGAACAUUCCAGAAGAUUGAAGAUUCUCCAUUCUUUCACUAAAAGUGUCAUCAAGGAGAGAGCGAAGUUCAUGAGCUCUGAGCCUGAUAGUGAUUCUGACCAGGGGCAGAGGAAGAGACAGGCCUUCCUAGAUAUGCUGUUAAAAGCUACUUAUGAGAACGGACAGCAUUUGAGCCAUGAUGACAUUCAGGAGGAAGUGGAUACCUUCAUGUUUGAGGGUCAUGAUACCACAGCAGCUUCAAUGAACUGGGCCUUACAUCUGAUUGGCUCCCAUCCUGAGGUCCAGAAGGCAAUACAGGCAGAACUACAGGAAGUGUUUGGUUCGUCAGAGCGGCACGUGGGGGUGGAGGACCUGAAAAAGCUUCGCUACCUGGAGUGUGUUAUUAAGGAGAGUCUGCGGAUCUUCCCCUCCGUGCCUCUGUUUGCACGCAGCAUCUGCGAGACCUGUCAAAUCAAUGGGUUCAAAGUUCCAAAAGGAGUGGAUGCUGUUAUCAUACCAUAUGCUCUUCACCGGGACCCGCGCUACUUCCCAGAACCUGAGGAAUUUCGACCGGAAAGGUUUCUGCCAGAAAACAGCAAAGGGAGGCAUCCAUAUGCAUACAUCCCCUUUUCUGCUGGGCCAAGAAACUGCAUCGGCCAGCGCUUCGCCAUGAUGGAGGAGAAGGUAGUUCUUGCUACAAUCUUGCGUUACUUUGACGUAGAGGCAUGUCAGAGCCGUGAGGAACUGCGGCCUCUGGGGGAACUCAUUUUGCGUCCUGAGAAGGGCAUUUGGAUCAAACUACAAAGAAGAAUCAAAUAACUCUCACCACCAUUAACACUUAAGGUUGCUUCUGCACUCAUAUCACAGACAGUUGUUGUGCUGCUAGCUUUGAGGAGACUCAAACGCAAUGUGCUGUCAUUUUUGUAUUUUUUGUGAUUGAUUAAAUGGAUAAUUCUGUGGAAUGGAUGGUAAAAGGAGAGCUGAAAGUACCAAAUUCUUAUCAGUAGCUGAAGGCGUAAUAAAAUUAGCAAAAUGUCUUAUAAACAAACACUCAAAACGAGACAGAUUUCUGAUUCCAUGUGGACUUAAUUAAAAGUUAGAAAUAGUGUACAGCCAACCGCUUAACGGCACAAAAUAAGCCAAGAUAUGGGGAUGGGUUAAUUGACAACCUCAACAUUGCUACUUACCAUAUAAUUGUACAUGAAAUAUUGAUUUAAGUUGCAAUUAUUUUAUUAUAUGAGAAAAAAGAAAACACAGAGUGUUGUACAUGAAACUAGCACAGCAACAGUGUGACAAUAAUGAAUUAUAGUUUAGUGGUCAAUCAUUCAAUAAAUAUAUUUAACCACAGAAUGUCAUAGUUUUAAAUCAACUCAAUUGUGGCAACUAUUUGUGUGCAUUUGCAAUCUAGUUUUCCUUUUAUAAUGUUGAAUUGUCUUUCAUUCUCACAUGCUCUUCUUUAAAGUCCCUUUAAAGUCAAAAUUAAGUAUAUGUUCUGAGUAUGUCACACCACAUAAAAAUGUGUUAUUAGCCACCCAGCCAAAUUUGAAUGAUAAAAAAACAGCCAACUAACUAAAAUAGGCUAUCAAAAUGUUGAAAAAAAUUAGCAGUAUCUCUUCUCCCAAACGCUGGGGGCGUGUCCACUGGCUGCAUUGAAACCACACCCACUCGCAGGAAAGCCCAUUUACCAUGAACAAAGGAUUAUCAGUGAAUCCCAGUUUUCUCCGACGAAAGUUUAUAAAACUACUAUCCUGUGUAAAAUGAUCACUACAGAGGCGGCUUUUGGCGGUGAUCCUCAGCUCUCAGUCAAGGUGGCUCUUCACAAAAUUAAUCCACUUCAGUAUGAAAAACCAAAGAACACCCUAGUUGACGCAGAGCAACCAAUAGGCGUGCAAGCUGCCUCGCCCAGGUCUGCUCUGUACAGCAAUGCGCUUUAAAUUUGGGAUUUUCCCAUAGCGUAAGCUAGCUUACGCAACACUCUAGAGAGAACCAAGGUUACAUAGUAACCGAGUACGAUUUAAUGAUUGGAUUCCACUACUGAAACAAAAAAAUUAAAAUAAUUUAAGAAAACAUAUACAAGACAAUAAAAAGACAAUUUACUUUAGGUGUACCAAGUGAACAAAAUGUACUUAUGGCUUAAUUUAAGAAAUGUUCUAUUGCGGUUUUGCUUUGGCUGGUAGAUUCUCUGAUUUUGCGUGUGAUUGUACGUGGAUUUGAUCUUUAAUGUACUUUUUUUUGUUUUCCAAGCAGCUGAUAAUGCCAUAGUGACAGCAAGCUAAUGGAUAGUGAAGUCUGGCUCUUUUCAAAGAAUCGCGCAACUCGUUCGCGAACAACACAUCACUAGUGGACUGCCGAGUUGCAUUGUUACAUUGAUCACAAGUGACAGUAAAGACUUUUAUGAAGUUGCGAAGGAUUUCUAUUUAAAAUAAAUGUAGUUCUUUUGAACUUUCUGUUCCUCCAAGAAUCCUGGAGAAAAAUGUAUCACGGUUUCCAAAAAAUAUUAAGCUAAUUAAACUGUUUUCAAGAUUUACAAUAAUAAGAAAUGUUAUUGUAAUCGCAAAUUGAGAGAUCUGUUGCAGAUCUAAAGCCCUCAGGGCUGUCCAUUAUUAAUCAUCUUGAAUCACUGGAUGAAAACAAGUCUUUGGCAAAAGUAUUUUCAGACUAAACAGUGUCUGCACAUCCAGACACACCGGAUGCCAUCAGCACCUUAUUUAGAUACACAGAUUGAAUAUAAGUGAUGCUUAAUCAAACUGAUAUUCAUCAUGGUGGAAUGUCUAGAGGCUUUCAUUUAGUGGAAAUGUUUUCUUUAAUAAAAUGAGACAUUUAA